AUGGAUGUGAAUCGUGGAUAUCCAUUUGGUGGAGAGGUGCUGGAGCGAAGACACUCUGAUACGUGCACCCCGCAGCAACCACCGAUGAACAUGCCGAUCACUCCUAAACCGAAUCCCACCGAAUACGCACACCCACACUUCGCCAUGAUAUACCUCGACCAUAACGGUCAAUGGCAACUACAAGCCUCGCCCUCAAUUGCAGGCUGUGAAGGCGCCAUCUUCACACCAGAUGUUACAGACCGAUUCAUAGAAAUGACUGGCCAGACCCCACAGGCCAACCCGCAGUUCACAAAUCCAACCCAAGCACCCCACUCCCCUUGGGACGAGCAACCAUCUUCCGGAUGGGGCCUAACCAGUCAGACGAGACAGGCCGAGAUGAUUCCGUUCCAAUGGUCGUCUCAACAAAGUCGAAAAAAGUCAAAGCGUGCCAGCGGCAUGCUCAAGUCACGACCUAAAUCUAGCUCACCGCCGCCUACCACACCUCCACCCGGACGGACUGUUCUUCGCGUCGGUAACCGGGCCCUGCUGCGACGGUACUAUGAGAAGGCAUUUGAGGAUUUCCAGCAGCUUAACUGCCGUGCUAUUGCGAAAUCCUACAUUAAACUUGUGGAGCCGAGGAAACAAGUCCAUUAUCCGUACAAUGGGCGAAGAGUCAUUGCUGGUGUCUCACAGCGUGUUGACCCAGAGUUCACCAAGCCUGCGUGGUGGCCCGCUGGUGUCUUACACAAGGAGCCUGACCAUCUGCUUAAGCCUGACCGACUACGACUGCUUGUCCAUAUCCUCUGUGAGCUAAAGGACAGCCACGGAGUUACAACAGACAAACUGCGAGACGCUGGCCAAGACGUGAGACGCCAGAUUACCCCCGCCCACCGGCUGCAGGUUCUAGAUGAGAUCUACUUUGUGCGACAAAUGGAAGAACAGUUUCUGGACGGUGAAAUCGACGGCAGUACCUUGAUUCAGGUAACCCAAACGCAUCUACCAGAAGCGAUAUUCCAAGACAACGAUGAACUGUCAUCCCGUCCACACGCAGCACCGGUAACAUCGUCUGUAGUCGAGGCUGAGCAUGAUAUGCACGAUGCAGGUGAUGAACCCGGCACUUCUACGCUGGAAGAAGAUGACUCAAGGCUACACAACCCGCAUAGUCUGCCCCUCUCACCCACCACUAGCGAGUCAAGUGGUCCACACAGCCCGACAGGCAGCUUCGGCUACCCAAUGGGCAUGGCACCAUCGGUGCAUGUAAUCCCCCCUCUUGAAUCCUCCAAUGUCUCAAAAUCUAUGCAUCCAGAUCCGAGUUAUCUCUCUGGGUACUACCCGCAGCAGUUUGUAUCUGAUAAAGGGCCCGGGUUCUGGUCGCAGACCAACCCUGCAUCGCAGUUUGGAUAUUGA